GGUCUUCCUUCCGGGGCACGGGGUGGCUCAGGGCACAGAGAGAUAUUAAUGUGACUGCUCAGGGCUCACAUUCCUUGGAGCUCCAGCGAGUGCCAGACACCUCGUCACUGCAGCCCAAUGGACCCUAAACUCGGGAGAAUGGCCUCGGCCCUGCUGGCGCUGCUGCUACUGCUGGACGGGGGCAUGCUCUCCUCGCCCGCGCCGCCCCCCGGCCCCCUGGAGAAGAUCGGCCGGUACAUCGACCUCCACCAGGAUGAGUUUGUCCAGACACUCAGGGAGUGGGUGGCCGUGGAGAGCGAUUCUGUCCAACCCGUGCCUCGUCUCCGGCAAGAGCUGCUGCGGAUGAUGGCCAUGGCUGCCGAGAAGCUCCAGCGCCUGGGAGCCAGCGUGGACUCCGUGGACCUGGGUUCUCAGCAGCUGCCUGGUGGACAGAGUCUUCCUCUACCGCCCAUCCUACUGGCCGAGCUGGGCAACGACCCAAGGAAACCCACUGUGUGCUUCUACGGCCACCUGGACGUGCAGCCCGCGAAGCAGGGCGACGGGUGGCUGGCAGACCCGUACACGCUGACGGAGGUGGACGGAAAACUCUAUGGCCGGGGAGCCACAGACAACAAAGGCCCUGUCUUGGCUUGGAUCAAUGCUGUGAGCACCUUCGGCGCCGUGGAGCAAGACCUGCCCGUGAAUGUCAAAUUCGUCCUUGAAGGCAUGGAGGAGGCGGGCUCUGUGGGCCUGGAGGAGCUCGUUCGCAGAGAGAAGGAGCGCUUCUUCGCGGGCGUGGACUACAUCCUGAUUUCUGAUAACCUGUGGCUCAGCCGGAAGAAGCCUGCACUCACCUACGGCACGCGAGGAAACAGCUACUUCCUGGUGGAGGUGAAGUGCAGAACCCAGGAUUUUCACUCGGGAACCUUCGGCGGUAUCCUCCACGAGCCCUUGGCCGACCUGGUUGCUCUUCUUGGGAGCCUGGUAGACUCCUCUGGCCACAUCCUCAUCCCUGGAAUCUACGACUCCGUGGCUCCGCUUACAGAAGAUGAGAAAGACACGUACAAAGCCGUCGAUCUGGAUCUCGAAGAAUAUCGCAACAGCAGCCAGGUGGAGAAGUUCCUGUUCGAGACCAAGGAGGAAAUCCUAAUGCACCUGUGGAGGUACCCAAGUCUUUCUAUUCACGGGAUCGAGGGUGCGUUUGAUGAGCCUGGAGCUAAAACAGUCAUUCCUGGCCGAGUUGUAGGAAAAUUUUCAAUCCGCUUGGUUCCUCACAUGAAUGUGUCCGUGGUGGAAAAACAGGUGAAGCGGCAUCUUGAAGACGUGUUCUCCAAAAGAAACAGUCCCAACCACAUGACUGUUUCCAUGGUGGUAGGACUACAGCCGUGGCUGGCAAAUACAGACGAUAACCAGUAUCUUGCAGCAAAGAGAGCAAUCAGAACAGUGUUUGGAAGAGAGCCAGAUAUGAUCCGCGACGGAUCAAGCAUUCCAAUUGCCAAAAUAUUCCAGGAUACUCUUCAGAAGAGCGUGCUGAUGCUUCCGCUCGGAGCCGUCGAUGACGGAGAGCACUCCCAGAAUGAGAAGAUCAACAGGUGGAAUUACAUAGAGGGAUCCAAGCUGUUUGCUGCCUUUUUCCUGGAGAUGGCUAAGCUGCACUGAUCGUGAUGGAGCCUCCCAGCUGGAUCUGUCCCACGGACAGGUCCCUUCUCCACACCCAUGGACAGGGACAGAAUCUAAAUAUCCAGAGGAUUUCGGCCCAGUAAACUAUGUUUGUUUUUCCUGCCAUAUGAAAUGUCUGGGGCCAUUUGAACCAACGAUAAAGAAUAUUAAAGAUUGAGACACUGGACAUGGUGUGAAGUCUGUCCCCCAUUGCAUACCCUCACAAAGUCACAGCUGCCUUUAAUAAGAUGAUUCCCCAAGUCCUGUGCAGUGGCCAGGACAGGACUCACUCUGCUCUUCAAGCCGGAGUAGGACAGUUCCUCAGUGGUUGGACUCUUUGCAAUUUGGUUGGCACAAUGACUCGUCUGCUCCCCAGGUCCUGAGGUGCUCCUGGCUAGUCACCACUCCAUCCCACUCAGCACUCGCUCCCCAAGGCUUUGCUGCGCUCUCCCUUCAUCUUAUUAAUAGCGGUGCUGGGCUCCACCACCAGCACUGGUGAUUUCCCUCUGGACUCCUUUUUCAGAGUUACUAAAGCCUGGUACUAGAUUCACCUCUUGCCUCUCCAUCAUUUAUUUUUUCCCUGCUUCUUGAAGAGUUCUGAAGCUCAAAUGAUCCAUAUUCAUGUCCUUAAGCCAUUUGGGAUUCCUUGUGCAAGGAUGAGUAUUUUUUAAAUAAAUUCCAAGAUCCUUUACAUUUCCUGUGAUCAAUGUCACUUUGUUAGCCUCUGCCUGCUGUUCGUUCUUCCCAUCCCAUUGGUAAAGACUCUCUCUCUGGCAUCUGUGCCCUCGUAAAUCCACUGUAGCAGAAUCAAUCUUGAUAGAGUUUCUCUCACCCCAUUGGAACUUUACUCACUGACUACAUCUAAAUUGCUCAAAGCUUUUAAUAGCGUGUGUUUUAGAUAGAGAACGAAUCAACCUUGACACCAGUAACACAGUCUAAAUUUAAAGCCAUCAGCUAAUGCUGCAUUCAUUAAUCAUUUUAGUUAACCAUCUUGUUUGGCUUGAUUGGGUUUGAUGGUCUAAAUAAACAGAAAUAAAACCAGAAUGUAAUUUUUCUACAGAUGAGUAUAUGUAAAUAAUUCAACUCAAUCUUUACAAAUUCUUUAUUUAAAUCACGUUAAUGGAAAAGAAUUUAAGAGUUUAAUAAGAAUGUUUCUCUUACAACUCCAAAUAAAAACAAAGCAUUAACACA